CAAACUGAGACGCCACACUGAGCUCUGGACACUCGCUGUGAUCAACAGAACACACACACACUCGCUCUUGGCAUGGAUAGCAAAGUAGUAGCGCUGGUGGCGCUGCUGAUGCUCGCCUUCUGGAGCCCAGAGACUGACGCAAAGCCCAUCAGUCUGGUGGAGAGGUGCUGGUGUCGCUCCACCCUCAACACCGUCCCGCAACGGAGCAUCCGAGAGAUCAAGUUCCUCCACACUCCCAGCUGCCCUUUCCAAGUCAUUGCCAAGCUGAAGAACAACAGAGAGGUCUGCAUCAACCCAAAGACCAAAUGGCUUCAGCAGUAUCUAAAGAAUGCCCUUAACAAAAUAAAGAAGAAACGCUCAGAGUAAACAGACGAGGAUGUGCGAGGAGGACAGCGGAGAAUCUCUAAAGUCCAAAGAGUCCCGUGUCCUGGAGUCUCACACUCGCUGACCACUCUUCCUCUUUCUGGACUGCUUGCACAAACAGCACUUCUUCACCUGAACCUGCCUCUGGAGCAUCAGCUCACCACACACACACACACACAGAUACACCGAACGCCUUCAUCGCCGCUGCGCACUGCUAAUAUUUACCCUCGCACGAGUCUGUGUGACUGAAUGUGAAGGCCAGGAAGAUAUUUACUUGGUUAAAGGACAGCAAAAAUGAGAGUUAGUGGAUUUGUGUGUUAGCUGUGAGGAAUGUUUAGUUAUAGGAUAGUUUGUGGUUAGUAAGGGACGUUUGCAAGUGAAAACAAAAAAGUAAGCAGAAAGGUAAAACUGCCCCUGUUCAAGCUCAAUUUUGCAUCGUUUUGCUGCUCUAGGCUUAAGUAUAAGUGCUUAAAGCUCACAUGAAUGAUUCAGCAGGCUUAUGCUAGCUCUGUGAUUCAGCUAUGAUCGUGAUAGCUUUGUGAACCAACAGUGCUAACACCAGUUCUGUGAUAAAACAAUGCUAAUGUUAGCUCUGAGGCCAAGCAUUGUUAACAUUAGCUCAUGCUAAUGCUUGCUUUGUGGUCCAAUUAUGCUAAAAUAAGCUUUAUUGUACAGCAAUAUUCGCUCUUUGGGCAAACAAUGCUAAAAUUCAUUAUGUGGUCCAGUAUUGGUAACCUAAGCUCUGAAAACAGAAUGCUAAUGCUAGAUUCAGAUUCAGAUUCAUUCAGAUUCAGAUUCAGAUUAGCUGGUCAGGCUGGAAAAUGACCAGCUAAAUCCAGCUAAAACCAGCUUGACCAGUCUGGUUUAAGCUGGACAUAGCUGGUUUUGGCUGGGCUCCCAGCCUGGCUAGGCUGGUCAAGGCUGGAAGAUGACCAGCUAAAACCAGGCUGGAAAUGGCUGUAAACCAGCCUGGAAAUGGCCAAAAACCCUCUAAAACCAGCCUAGUCGACCACCUAAAACCAGCCAACCAGCCUAAGCUGGUUUAAGCUGGAUUUUUCAGCAGGGUUGAGUGUCUAAAAGCUCACCAUACUUACUUAUUAUCCAGAAUGCUAACGCUAGCUCUCUGGUCAAACAAUGCUAACACUUAUUCUGUCGUUCGUUAAUGCUAAUAUUAUAUCUGUGAUCCAGCAAGCUAACGUUACUUCUUUGGUUCAACAUGCUAACAUUUUAUCAACAAUGCCAAUGCUAGCUCUGUAAUCCAGAAAUGCUAAAUCAUACUCUGUUCCAAAAUCAAAACAAACCGCUAAGCCUACCAACCUUUUUAAAGCAAUGACUUAUAUUUAACAAAUAAACUAAUCGCAGAAUGUAAUACUCCCGAGUAAAGAUCCAAGAUGGCUGACGUUUAAUGAAUUUCAAACUCUAAAUAGAUUACAUUCAUGUUAACAACAAUAAAAAUAUUUGUUUCUUGUUGCUUUUGGGUGUCUAAAGGCUCACCACAAAUACUAAUAAUCCAGAAUGCUAAUGCAAAUUUUGUGAUUCAGCAUGCUAAAGUUAUGCAAUCCAGAAAGGCUAAUGCUAACUUUAUAAUUAUGUAUAGACCUAUGGUAAUACAUGCUGAUGCUAAUUCUAUUCCAAAACCUACAAAGUCACCUAUCUAAAGAAGAGAUAUAAAUAAAUUGCCAAAAAAAAGCAAUGCCAAAAUGCAUUGCUAGAAGCUUACAUCAACUACAUAACUGUUUGAAAUCAAUUGUGAGGCGACAAAUUUGUAUAACAUUUAAAAUAAAUUACUUUUAUGAUAGUUACUGUGAUGUCUGUUGUGUAGUGCACUAUAUUGGCAGCAGAUAGCAAGGUUUUGAAACAGAGACUUUUAAUGAAGGCACGCUACCACUGGAAACAGAAUCAAAGCUUCCUGUAUUCAACUUUCUUACAGCUACCUGUGUGUAGCAAACACCAGACACUGAAAUUCAAGAAGACAAUGUGUGUGUGAAUAACCUGGUGUUGUAAUGCAAUCACGCCAUGGCAGCUUAUAAUUUCUGUCUGCGACAUUUCAUGACUCAGGCCUUAAUGAACAGCAUUUACAUACUGAUCUUCACUGUCGAGUGCCCUCAUACUGGCUGCAGUUUGGAUCAACUUGUAAAUAUUCUCCAGCACUAAAUGGCUGUCAGUGAAUGGGUUGAACAGGGACCAAAACUGAACCGCAAGCUAUUUUGUAGACUAAGUUAAUAUGACUGUAUGUAUUCCGUAUAUAGCGUGUUUUGUUUUUAGCCACAUGAUGAAGAGAUGUGAAUGUGAGUUUUUGGUUUCAUCACACGUUUAUCUAACACACCUUGUGACGUUUUGACUCAAAUGCCCGAUUGCUGUAACGUUUUUGAGCCACUUUAAAAAAUAUAAGGAUUUUUUUAAUGUAACGAUUUAUUUUUGUAUUUUGUAUUGAUCAUUAUGAAUAAAAACACAACAGUACAAUAUGAAGGGAUUUCUUGUGUACUUAAUCUCA